CAAUAACUGCCCUCCGUAAUAGAAGUUUUAUGCUCGGCAUUUAUGUUCAGAUCUUCCAACCACCACUGGAACUGUUGUAUCACUGCCAAUUGUAAUUACAUCACUACAAACAGAAAGCUUAACAAAAAAGCCUUUAUGGCAGAAAGCCAAGGGUGUGUGUUUCGCUGUCUUCAAGAGGGAUCGCUUUAAUUAAUGCAAAGAACAUCAAUAUUGGAGCGAACAUUAGUGGCCCCAUGUUCGCUUUGCUGAUGAGUGGAAGUUUUUAAUUUAACAUCUGAUUCUAAAUCUGGAAUUUACAUCUAGAAGGAGCAACGCGAAAUCUUCUUUCGAACGUUAUGGAACGUGACUAUUUUGGUAGUGCAGAUUCGCUGGUAUUUGGAGAAAUAAUGGUCGAUGGAAAUAUACUAAUACACGUUUUUAACAGUGGAUCUGCCACCAUCUAGAGGUAUCGGGAUGAGAUCUCAGUGUGUUUAUAGAUCUGACUUUUUAUUUAUGAAAAAUAAUGCACGUCCACAUUUAAAAAACACUUUGACAAGUAUCUUGAAAGCGAAUACUGUGGCCAGCAAAAUCUUCUAAUCUUAACCUGAUAGAGAAUUUAAAUACAAUUACCUUGAAAAAGUAGUUGCACGGAUACAUCCUCUUCCUGAAGAUGUUAGUGCAUUGAAGACUACAUUGCUGGAGAAGAUGAACUUAAUUCAUCGAACUCUGGUUAACAGCGUUAUUGCCAGCAUGAAAACACAUAAUGAUAAGUGUGUACAAGUUAGUUUUUAUAUUUGCUACUGAAUUUUACUUUUCUAUGGAGUUUUGAGAGUGUGGAAAAUCUAGAAAAACUGAAAGAAAAUGCGAUAGCAAAGACUGAAGACAUAAAGCAAAGACUGAAACAGUUCGACUCUGAGUACAGCAACAUGUGGCGGCUGCAUCAGUUGGCAGACUGGAGCUACAGCACUAACGUGUCGAGUGUUACAGCGUCCGCCCGUGAGUUUUCAUCGGGAGUAUACAGUAAUUGGAUGAAAAAUUGGAAGAUAUGGGCUCGGGAAGUAAACACCGAUAUUAUUUCUGAAGACUUGCGACGAGAGGUUAAUAUCAUGGCAAGUGGCGUAGCAUUUACAACUGCAGAAAAAGCUCGGUUGGUCUCCGAAAUUAAAUCUAAACUGACUGAGAUAUACAGUUCAGUAGUGAUCGAUCUUCCUGAAAUCAAUGUUACUGUUCGAGGGGAAUCGGAAAUAGUGUCUGCUAUGGCUACAAUAAAAGACCCAGUUAUUUUGAAGAAACUCUGGCAGGCAUGGCGUGUGCAGGUUGGAGAGAAAUCUAAGACUUUGUAUUUACUACUUGUACAACUCACUAACAAAGAAGCGCGUGAAAAUGGCUACUCAGAUAUUGGAGUAUCUUGGAGAGAAGAAAUGGGUCUCGAUGAUGUGAUGUCGACAGCUCUAUCACUAUGGAGUGAAGUAAAGAGUCUCUACAAAGAGAUACAUGCAUACACACGCUAUAAAUUACAUUAUCUGUACAAGGAGGUGAUAUCUUCUAGCCCAGAUUUAAUUCCUGCUCAUUUGUUAGGUAGCCUUUGGAGCGAAAAUUGGGUUGCUCUAAGUCCUUUUCUCAUGCCGUUUCCUGAAAGCCUGCCAGUUAACAUCACUUCUAGACUCAUUUCAGAUGGCUAUUUUGUUACUGAUCUCGUACACAAAGCUGAAGAAUUUUAUACUAUCAUGGGUUUGAACGCCAUGACAGAAAGCUUUUGGAAUAAAUCGAUGUUUGAAAAACCCAAUGAUGGUCGCCUGGUGGACUGCCAUGCUGUUGCAUAUGAUUUUUCAAAAGAUGAUGAUUUCAGAAUACGAAUGUGCGGAACUGUGAAGGAAGAAAGCUUUAUGGAAGCUAUCCACGAAAUGGGGCAUAUACAGUAUUUCAUGGAGUACCAUCACCUUCCCAUGAUAUACAGGAAUGGCGCUAACUCUGCUUUUCAUGAAGCUGUAGGAGAAACUAUGGUAUAUGCUGCACAAAGCCCGAAAUGCUUGCAAGUACUAAAACUAGUUAAAUCUUCUAACUUUCCAGAAGAAAUGCUUUUAAAUACUCUGAUGAAGCAAGCACUUUCAAAAUUUGUAUUCCUUCCUUGGGCUUUGACACUGGAACAAUGGCGGUAUAUGCUUUUCUCUAACCAAAUCACACCGCAAAAUAUGACAACGAAAUGGUGGGAAUUAAGAAAGAAAUUUCAAGGAAUUGGACCUCCAGAUGAGGAAAGUUCUAAAUUAUUUGAUCCUGGUUCAAAGUACCAUGUUAUUAAUAACAUUCCUUACUUACGGUAUUUCCUGAGUCGAUUUCUGGAGCAUCAAUUCCUAGAAGCUCUUUGCAGUUUGGCGAAGCAAAAUGUUCACUCUUGUUGCUUUAUUACUAGCAGAGAAGCUGGAAAACAAUUAAAGAAAAUGCUUUCUCUUGGGGCUUCCGUUUCUUGGCAAGAAGCUCUGGCUACACUCACUGGUAAACGACAAUUAUCGGCUGCUCCAAUCAUGAACUACUAUAUGCCGCUCUACACCUGGCUUGUUGAAUUCAACCGAAGACAUAACGUCAGUGUAUGACUCAAAAAAGAGAACAAAGGAGCAGAGUAAACACUGGAGAUCCGGAUAUUGAUUAAAAAUAUGAUACAGAAAAUUUAAACGCUUUCUUUUGACCUCAGAAAUAUGAACUGUAUAAAUAUCACAGCAUUAAAGAGUAUUCAUUA